AGCAGUCGGCACACUUUGCAAUUUUGUGCUGUGAUUUGCGUAGAUCUGUGUGUAUCAUUUAAAAAUACACUUCAUGUUCGUUAUUUACGUCGUCUCUUUCGCAAGUCGUACGUAUACUAGCUGUUAACAUUGGGGGCAUAGCAAAGUGUUUUAUUUCUACGACAUAUUGUCAUACCCAUGCGACGAAAGCAGGGUGGCAGUUUACUGAUUUCUUUUCAUUUUGCCUUUUGAGUCGACCAUGGGUCCUGGUAUAGCUAAAUUAUUAUCGGCUCUGCUGAUUGCCAUUUCUGGUUUAGUAGGAUGCCUCGUACCCUAUUUGGUAUAUUACUUUUCUCGUUCUGGCGAAGACUUGAAGUUACGUCAGGAUAAGAUUGACUCACGUUUAUGUUUAUGCAACUGUCUCGGUUCAGGUAUUAUAAUGGGUAUGGCAUACCUUCAUAUUUUACCUGAGGCUGUAUCUCAGUGGGAGGUAGAGAGCUUGUUGUGGAACAUUGGCACCGGUCAUUUUAAUCCUGCAUAUUUUUUGGCUAUGAUAGCAUUUUGUAUAAUGUUAUUAAUUGAGAGAGUUUUAUCUUCCGGUCGUACUCCAUGUUCCGCUGCUUUUAAUAUUUGCAAUGAAUCCAACAGUUGUUGGAUCCCUGAAAAGGAGGGGCACUGUUGUGACAGCGAAGUGAAGACGGCCUGCUGUAACGGCGAGGCUACUGGCUGCUGCAAAGAGUCCGAGGCACAACAAAUUUGUUGUGAGUCAGAGAUGAAGCCGUCAUGUGCUGGCAGUGGCUCUCGUAGUGAAACUUGUGAAGAGGGACAAACCAUUGUUACUGGCGCGAUCGAUGAAGAAUCUGAAUCCCAUCGCAAUCCUAUGUCUAUUCGUGCACGUUUUCGUCAUCAUCACAGUCGUUUAAUGAAGCGUUUCAUGGAGAUCAUUUGUCCUCUAUGUGAGUGCAAUGGUCUUUGUAUAACAUUUGCUCUUUUUCUACAUUCAUUAUUUGAAGGUAUUGUCAUUGGCCUCGUCGAAUCGCAAUGGAACAUUUGGCUUAUGACUGUAGGCAUAGCCUUACACAAAUGGGCAGCUGGAAUGGCCUUGUCUUCUUUUAUUUCUUCAAAUUCUCGUAAGAGUGCAUUGGUGAUGCAAACAAUAUUUUGUUUGAGUUCUCCUUUGGGCAUUUUGGUAGGUGCCAUCACUGCUGGCAGGAGCCCUACUGCUGAGGCUGUAUUGAAUUGCUUUGCCGUGGGUACAUUAAUUUACAUUGGCAUGGAGAUUAUAACCCAUGAGCUUUUUUGUCACAUACACUGUCGCAAAACGGCAUUUUGGAAAUGGCUGUGCGUUGUUAUCGGAUUGAUGGUCAUUUUCAUUACUGCUAUAAUCCAGGUUUACAUUACUGGUGGUUGUGCUCAUUCACAUCUUCACCAACACGCUGCUGAACAUGGCCAUGCUGGUCACCAUCAUUAAUGGAGUAUAUGAUUUCUCUUUUAUAUUUACUUUGCGUGUUUCAUUU